GGUCACGUGAUACAUAGCCGCCAUCUUAGCAAGUUUUUGGUAGGCUAGCAAGCUGAUCGUUUGGAACGGCUGUUAGCGUUGAUAUGUGUGUUUAAGGAUAUCGUAUUCUUGUAUUGUUGGCGAUGAAAAGUAAACUUCAAGUAGUCAUUAUUAGGUGGGUGGUGUUUUUGAAUCAAAUUUUCAAAUAGCGCGGGACAAGCAUGUACUUCCUUCGUGAAGUCUUCUCUAACCAACAUUGGCAGUAGCCUUUACGAUCAUGAAAAAUUAAGGGAAUGGCGGGAGGUUGGUUAAUGUUUGUUUGGUCAGUGACACAGUAGCAUCCGUGCAAGGUUAAAGUUCGCAGCCGGGAGUGGGUACGUAGCCUUUAAUACUUUCUAGCUGCAGUUGAAUUUGUUUUCAAAGAUUGCAAUUCUGAAGCUUGGAGACUGAAGUAAGUGGACCGCUCUCUAUGUUGAGGUUGUGAACUAGAUUCACAGGCGAGUGUUGACUUAUAGGUAAAUUUACAUGUUGAUAACGUGCGGUCUGAUAUAAAAACUAGUACGUGUAACGUUUUCUUUAUUUGUGGCAUGUAUCUACAAUCUUUUGUUUUGAAAAACAAAUUAUUAAUCAAAUGCGGUUCUCGGGGAUAAUGCCGCUGUUAAGUUGCCAAGUGAAUUGUCACACGGCAAAGCGUGACAUUUUCCAGCAAUAAAAUUGUUACUAGUCAGGGUACAGCGGCUGUAGGAGCACGCGCGUUUGGCACUGUCAGCCCCGCAACGAAAUUCCCCGCUAUUCUGUUCUCAUGGAGGCAACGAUGGGCGAGUGUGCCGAGGACUCCCUAGACAGAGGGGACAUACGGUCGAGUGCUGGGGACUGUAGAGCAGAUGUACACUUGAACGGAGAAGUGAACGGCUCGUGCGAAGACAACGUGGACCUGUGUGGUGUUAUUUCUCGAGACGCUCGCUCGAAGCUCGUGAGCGACGUGGGCAAUGACAGCAACCACUCCUGUGCGAGCGUCGUGGGUGUGGAGGAGAAUGGGAACGCUGACAGUUCGGACAGUGAUGGCGAGGAGGCGAUGGAUGCUCCCAGCGAAGAGUCUGAUGGCGGGGCUCGACCGAGUGCACAGCUAACCAUGACGGAAGACAGCAGGAGUCGGGACGUGGCCAUGGACACCUACGAUGAGUCUGUCCCGAGCCCCGCCACGGACCAUGGUCGCAUGCAGACGUCAGGUGUUACACGGAACAAUGACUCUGGUGAGACUGACGAAGCAGGGGAAGUAGACGAUUCAGAGGAGACUGGUUUAGCUGGGUUAGAUGAUUCAGAAGAAAUUGGUGUCGAAUGUAAAGAAAAUGAUUCACAAGAGAUUAUGACAGCAGAGAGAGAUGAUGAUUCAAUGGAAAUUGGAGAGAGAGAUGAUAUUGAUGAUGAUGCCAUUGAGACUGGGUUAGCAGAGAGAGAAGACUAUUCAAUAGAGAAUGAUUUUGAAGGGUCAGAUAUAGUUAUAAGGAAAGAGGAUUUGAAAGAGACUGACGUGGCAGAGACAGAAGACAAUGUGCAAGAGAGAGAUUCAGUAGAGAGGGAAGAUUUCUUGCAAGAGACAGUUAACCAAACAGAAGACAGGGCAAACAGUGUAUGUGGAGGAAGUAUGGAGGUGGAAGGUGACAGUGCCCCUGCUACUAAAGAGAGUGUUGAAGGUGGACAAUCUCGGAGUAAUGAGGAAGCAUCGGGGAGUGGGGAGGAUCCAACAGGUGCACAUCCUGAAGCCGCGAAAGCAGACGUUGAUAGUGCGAACUGUGCUGUUACGGAUAGUUUUGUCAGCGAGGCAGACACCACCAUAACAGAGGCCAAUGAUUCAGUCAAAGUCAGUGCGGAAGAGUCUAGUUUCUUAAGUGGUGUGGAUACCACCGAUGUGUUGACCGAUGAUUCCGUCAAAGUCAAAGCUGAAGAGUCUUCUACCAGUUCAGAUAAAGCAGACUUGAGAUUGGAAGACACACCAGGCAAGAUAAAGAAGGUUCGUAAGAGUUCCACGCUAUUAAAUGUGACGCCACGCCGUAGCUCUAGAAAUUUAAGUAAAACUCAGAAAACUUACUCUGAGCAUGAUGAAGAUCCUGACAUCGAGGAGAUUACCCCGCAGGAUCCGUUGGCAGAUCCGUUGAGCGGUGGUGAUAAAGAAGUCAGUAAGCCACGAGUGCCCCGCAAUAAGACGACCAUCGUGGUGAAUGACACGAAGCGACUAGUGGAGAUUGCUGCUGGCAGCAAACCCUCCAAAGGUGGGAAGAAGGAGCCCACUCUAGUUAUCAUAGAUACCAAUUCCAUUCUGUCAGGUCGUGGUCCGGUUCCUGUUUCCCAAAACAUACAGUCUUCGUCCAGUUCGUCUGCAUCGGCCUAUUCCAUGUUGCCCAUGGCUCUGCCCGCUCAGGGACUGUACCCCAGUGGUGGGGCGUCCACUGCCUCUCCCACUGGCUCGCACAACACGCCGAGAACAUCCACGCCCGUGGCGACAGGGCCCUCGCCCAGACAGCAGCCCCAGAUACUGCCGUCUCUGACGGACGACAUGUACGUGGUGGAAGCUCCGUCCUUCAUAGUGCCCUACGUGUACGAGAAACCUCCCAUCAAACCUCUCAAGGAGUACGUCGAGGGUAUGGGGAAAGAACUGGACAAGUUGAAAGAGGAGCGGAAAGCUUUGGAAGCCGAUGAGCAGGAGGAAUGUGAGAAGGACACUACUAGUAAAGAUGCUGAUGAAAGCAAGCCAGUUAAGGUAGAAGGAGGAGAAGAGGAUAGAGAUGAUGGUGAGAAACCUGCAAAUGAGACUGUAGAUUCACCAACACAAGUUAAAGUUACAAAUGAGGAAGGUGAUGGUGACAAAAAACACUCAGAUAGCUUAGAUAGUAAACAAAGCAAAAAAUUAGACGUAGAUGAAUUAAAGGACGAAGUAAAAUCUAGUGACGUGAACGGAGAUGUUCCCUCCGAAUCGGAAAGCAAAGAGGGAUCGAAAGACGACAAAGAGAAGGGUGAGCCGUCGAAAGCGGAGGUGGCGAAGCCCGUGACCUACUUCGACAACCCUCUGGGGAAGUUCUUCAUGCAGAUAGGCGUGAACUUGGUACAGGAGUACGUGCAGACGGACUUGCUUCGCAGCCAGAAGAAGAAGCGCGACCGGGAGGGGGGGAAGGGGGCGUCGGUGACGCAGUUUGCCAUCAGCUCGCUGCUGAAGAACCUGGAGCUGAGCAAGGAGAACAACGAGCCGUUCCACCUGAGCCUGAAGAAGUGUGACUUCUGCAGCUUCAAGACGGAGUCGGCACUGGUGAUGGCCCAGCACCUGGAGACGCCGCACAUGAAGAACUACGUGUACCGCUGCAACUUCUGCACGCUGGAGGUGCGCAGUCCCCACGACAUCCUGUUCCACAUGGAGGCGGAGCACAACGUGCGCGGCCGGCUGGAGCGGGCGCCCGCCUUCCACCAGUGCCCCAACUGCCCCUUCGAGGACAACCAGAAGGGCAAGCUGUCGCGCCACCUCAUCUCCUGCCUCAAGAAGUUCAAGGCGGAGAAGAACCAGGAGCCCCCGCUGGACUGGGAGCCGCCCGCCAAGAUCCCGCGCGUGUCUCGCAACCGGCCCAGCAGCAUGGGCAUAGCGUACCAGGCGCUGUCGGGCAAGCAGGUGUCCCAGCACCCGCUGCUGCCCAAGCUGGUGCCCUCGCCGCAGCUGUCGGGCGCGGGCAGCUCCGGGCGCGGGCGCGGGAGACCCCCGCUCCACUCGCGCUACCUGGGCGAGGCGACCAAGCUGCCGGUGCAGCGCCCCAUCGCGCCCACGCACAUCCGCCAGAGUAUGCUGUAUCGGUCCACUGCGUCCGGCUCGCCGAUGCUGGUGCCGACCACCUACCAGAUAUCAGGCAACCAGAUCUAUCAGGUGGUGGGUGGCCAGGGCCAGAUGAUGCCGGUGGUGUCGAGUGGCAUCAGUCCGGCGUCGCGCAUUGCGCUCAUGUCGCCGUCUGGCUCCUCCCAGCCCAGCGCCCCCGUGGCUCUGGUGCCGGGCAACGCCAUCACCAUACAGAACGCCCACAAGAACAACCCGACGGCCAAGCUGCUGCAGCAGCCGAGCAUAUCCAUCACGCCCCUGCCCCGGCAGUCGGCCGCCACUCAGCCGGGCCCCAGCCUGAAGCAGGCGGCCUCCUCCUCGGGCGGCAAGGCCACCUUCGUCAUCUGCGAGAUCUGCGACGGCUACAUCAAGGACUUGGAGCAGCUGCGCAACCACAUGCAGUGGAUCCACAAGGUGAAGAUCCACCCCAAGAUGAUCUACAACCGGCCGCCGCUCAACUGCCAGAAGUGCCAGUUCCGGUUCUUCACGGACCAGGGCCUGGAGCGGCACCUGCUGGGCUCCCACGGACUCGUCACGUCCAGCAUGCAGGAGGCGGCCAACAAGGGCAAGGACGGCGGUCGCUGCCCCGUCUGCGGCAGGGUGUACCAGUGGAAGCUAUUGAACCACGUGGCGCGUGACCACAACAUGACCUUGAAGCCGGCGCAUCUGUCCUACAAGUGCACCGUGUGCACUGCCACCUUCGGCAUGUACAAGCAGUUCGAGAACCACGUGUAUUCAGCUCACAGCGUGGUGGCCAAGAGAGUCAUGGACAAGAAGACCAGCCCCUCGCCAGCGACCCCCCGUGCCCCCUCUGACUCCCUGUUGAAGCCCCUCAAGAUCAACGACGAGAUCACGAUCAUCCCGCAGCCGGCGCGCCCGAGGCCCGGCCCCGCGAGCCGCACCGGCGCCGUCUCCGCCGCGGUCCAGGCGGCCGGUGGCACCAAGGUGUGGCAGUGCGAUGAUUGUGAAGCCACGUUUGACGGUCCGACAGGGUUCGCCCAGUUCACGGCCCACGUGAAGCGGCGCCACCUGCGGCGCUGCAGCGUGCGCCUGUGUCGUCUAGACGCGUGCCCCACGUGCCGGCGGCGCCACGCCACGGGCGCCGUGCUGGAGUGGCUGGGCCAGCGCUCGGGCGUGGACGUGAUCGAGCUGAGCGAUGACGAGGUGGUGAUCGGCCAGGGCCGCAGCGAGAUCACCAUCACCAAGGUGGCGUGCGCGCCGGGCCCGAAGCGCUUCAAGCAGCGCCUGCAGCGCGCCAAGCUGCAGGUCAUCGAGCUAGACGACUCUCCCGCGAAGGCGGACGCCGACGACUCUCUCACGGCCGUCAAGGAGCGCUUGCGUCGACGCAAGAGCCUCGAGAUCAGCCAGAUCGACUCUGACGGCUCGCCCCAGCCCGCCGAGGACUUGCCGUCGAAAAAGCGCCGGAAGCUGGCCGACGACUGAAGUGGCCGUCGUCGUGCGUCGAUGUUCGUGUAGCUUUAUCUGUGUGUGAAGAGUAGGACCUGUUUCAUUUCCCUAGACCUUUAAUAAUUUAUGUAAUGAACUGUAAAUAUUAGCUACUGUGUGUCGAUAGGUAGGUUAAGGUUUUGUGGUCGAGCUGGAGGAUUGAUGCCUGUGAUUUACCUAGCUUUUACAGACGUUUGGACAAAGUGGGCAUCCUUUGUAGGCAAACUUUUAUGACUGUUGGAACCAUAGAACCUGUGUGAAGUUUUGGAGUUUCAAAAUGAUUUACGAAUUAGGCUAUUGGAUCAUUACAUGUUGCAGCAAAAAUUUAUAACGUAGAGACUCUAACCUGAAAUGCAUUUCCAUCUGGAUUGUGUGCGAUUGUCUUUUUGGCAAGUGAGACUUAACGUUUGGAAUGUUUUCUAAGUGGGUGUAGAACGUAAUUUAAUUAUUGCCUUGUCAGGCCUCGGUGAAUGAUGAAUCACAUGAAAUUGUUUGUGAGGGAAUAAAAUAGUUAAUGUUUCCAACUAUUGUCAGUUUCUUUGCUAGUGAACAUUUCAAGUAAAAUUAUUUUAUGUUGAUUUUUCAAUAAAUGUAUGAAAAUUUUUACUGUAUGAACACAUACAUUUGUUUUGAAUAUGGUGUUUGAUGGACUCGUUACCAGACAUCAAACACACAGUUUGGAUUUCCUAGGCUUUGUUUUCAGACAUGUUUUCAUGUUGCACAUGAGAAACUCUAUAACUACACUAUAAUUUGGAUAGUCUGUUCUCGAAGUAGUUAUAUAUUUCCGGUCGCUCCCUGUGAGACACUGUGCGUGGAACUGGCUGGAGCAAGCUGGUAGUCAUAUGUGCACAUCAGGUCUGUGCUUUCUUAGUUAAAUGUGUGAAUCUGAAAUACAGUUAAGAAAAGGUAAGAGUUUUGUAAAGUGUACACUUGUUAACAAUACUGACACACUUUUAAUUUGCUGUCAUCUGUAGGAUUUAUCGGUCAGUUUCAUUGCGCUUCUUUUAAUGCCAAAGAUUUACAAUAAGGUUUAAUUGAAUUGCGUUAUCAUGAGAUAAAUUUUAAGUUCUUUGUGUAAAUUAAAUUUUGUUUACAGUUUCACUGAUUUGGUUGAUCAGCUAAUUUGUGGUUAGUCUGUGUUUCUAUUUGCAUUGUCCAUUCUGCCAUUGUUUGAAAGAGAUUUUUUUAAUUGUUGGUCUGUUAAUAUCAAAUAUAUAUAAUAAUACACCGCCAAACACCGAAGUGUGUCGAUAUUUUGCAUAAUGCCGAAAUGCAAGGCAAAACACAAAAUUCAUCUCUUAUUACCUCAUUCUGUCUAAUAAAAAAGAUAUAAAUAUUUAGUAUAUGCUUUUAUUAAAAAAAAACCUAAAAUGUUCUAUACUAAGUAAAAAAAUGUUUAGUUUCUAUGUAUGAGGUUUUUUUUACAAAGUAAAAAAAAAUAUUAGCAGUCAGUAUCAGAUUCCAAACAGACAUAACUUAAGGAGGGGUACACAGAGAGAUCUCUUAAAGAAAUGUGCAAGUAUAAUUAUUUUGGUUUUGUCAUAAAGUGCAUGUGGAUUUUUUGAAUUAUGUUGAUAGUAUUGAAGUAAUAAGAUAGUAAUAGUUACAAAAAGUAAAAUUUAAAUUUGGAAAAUAUGUAGGCACUCAAAUUAACUCAAACCAUACCAUGAAUCAAAUAGUUUUUUUCAGACUGCUUAAAAUGUUAUGCAAGUUUAUAACUUCCAAUAACGCUAUUUAUAAUUCUUUAAAAAUAACUAUAACAUGGAAAAUGGCAUAAUGUAAAGCUAUCAAAACUUUUCUGUAGAAAUUGCACUAAAAAAUGUUUAGCUAUGCUUUUUUUUUUUUUUUAAUUUUUAUAAUUUUAUCAUAAACUAAGGAACAUUACAAAAGAAUAUUUAAGGUUAUAGUUUCAGUUUUUUAACUUACUCUCAUCAGAAUAAUGUAGUAUUGUUUUAUGUAAACAUUUUAAAAGUUGUACCACAAAUUAUUGAAGCAGUUUAUCAACAUAAUUGUGCUUGAAAUGUACUUAUUGAAUGAUGGUAAUCACUAAAUACAUUAUUUUUAAUGAUGGAAUUUGAUUUUUUAUAACAUAGUCUUGGCUCUAAUUAUAAGAAAUUUCUAAAAACAAAAAUUUAAAUGGAUGUAUAACAAAAAAGAAUUAGAAGGAACUUCUUUGUAAAGAGGUGUUGUGGACAGGUACUGGCUGUUAGGUGUGGGGGGUGUCACUUCUAAGCCGUCAUGUUGGGGACACCUACUUACGCCAGGCGAGAAUACUACUGCAGUUUACAGCAUGCAAGCUCAGCUUGGCGAUGAUAGUUGCACCUUGUCGCGCGGUGUUGGACCACUGUCGUGUGAAUGGAAAUGCACAGGCAGUCUGUCUGGUUUGGUGCGCUCAAGCGGGUUCAGCCUUGUUUUACAAAGUCUCCGAUGUGUGAUUUAGACACGUUAAAGAAAAAGGAUGUCUUUAACCAGGCUUAAAACAAGUAAUUGCAUGUGAAAGUUCCGAAUGCGUGCUUAACAUUUUUUUAAGUUAAUAUGUUUUCUGAGUUAUUGAAGUCACAGGUAGCUUUUAUUGUACGUCGUCGCGUUUGUAUUGAUUUUGUGUUAAUGUAUUGCCCGGGAGUUGUGUUGUAUCAACCAGGGCAUGCACGUGAAGCCGGCUAACGGACUUUAUCGUUGACCAGCGACGCUUUGUGUGGAUAAAUGUUCAACUGGGCAAAUUGCAGGUAAUAAGCUUUCACUGUGCUAUAUAAUUCAAUAAACAGCUACAACGGUUAUAUUCGAACUGUUUCUUUUUUGUGAUUUGUGCUUUAAAAUUAAAUUUUAAUCAUGUUAGCUUUGAACUGUUACACGAGAAUUUUAUCACUUUUAUCAGUAGCAUUCAAAUUUUACAAAAAAAAAUAUAUUUAUUGUAUAAGGUGUAGAAUUUUGAUUUAAAAGAAAUAUUUUUUGUCAGAGGAAAACAAAUUUGCAGUGUUUUUUUACCUGAUAUUUAACAGCCCGGGAUCUACUGCAAUUGCUAAGAUCAAACUUUUUUGUCGCUUCAAAGGUUGUGCAUGUCAUUACCAUGAGUCAUCUAAAAGAUUAAAUAACAUUUAUUACCAUUUGUUUUAACAAAAUUGGAAUUUCUCAUUUGUUUUCAUUUUUUAAUCACUAAAAUUUUUAACUUUUGAGUACAUUUAAAAAGAAGUUUACAGGAUUGUGUGCUUUAAAAUCAUGUGUAAAGUACAUUUGAAAACAUUAAAAAUUGUACCUGUGUGUUAUUCGUAGAGAAAAAAAGCAUGUAGACUAUGGGGCUGAUAACGAACACAGUUCGACAUGCGACCAAUAACAGGCUGCUGUAAUAUUUUAUGAAUUAAAAGAAAAAAUUGGAUUUUAUCAUCUUGUGAUGGACAUUUGUAAUUUCUGUUGGGAAUUUUGAAGCACUGGGAUUUUAUUUUUACCAUAAAUUAGUUCUAUAUUUUUUUUGCUAAGUAGUUAAUAUGAUACAUUUCAAACAAAUAUCUUUUUUAGUCUUGGAAAUCUUGAAAAUAAUAUUUUUUUGUUUAUUCUAAAAAUAAAAAUAUCUUUGGUUGAAUAUUUCUGUUCCUGCUUCUGUUUUUACUCAUGGGGGGUCCCCCCCCCCCCCCAUUCCAGACACUCGAGAUCUAGACUAGGAUGUGAUAAAACUUGGUUUUGACCAUUCACUUCUUUGUUUUGUUUUGUGUUAGGUUUCAUGCGAGGAAAAUCUUCACAAACUGAAAUAAAAUCACUAUAUGGCUUGUGCAUUAUGCUUUAAAACAAAACCCAUGCUUGUCUAAUGAUGACUACAUUAACUUUGGUUUAGUUUUUUUACUGUGUUUUAUGUUAAUGUAACUGAAUCAACAAAAAAUAAAUAAAAAGCUUAAAUUAUUACUUUUGUAUACAUCCAUGCAAAUCUUAAUUUGUUUAAAAAAUUGCAUUUAUACAUAAUGUAUUUUAUAGUUAUUUUUGGUGAGUUUGAUUAUAUUGUGCAAGUUUGUAUCUGCUCUUGAAAUAGCUGAUCAUCAUGUUGAUGGCUGUGCGGUGCCCAUGACAGGUCAAAAGUUAAGUUGUUGAAUGGAAACCAAAUUUUUUUUGAACAAGCUGGUGCUGAGUUAGUUGCAGUUAGUGCUAUUUAACUGUAUGCUAAGCACAUGGUUUCUUUAUGAUUCAUGUAAAGUUGUGAGUGAACGAUGGAUACUAGAGAAUUUGCAUAAAAAUUAGCAAAUACAGUUGAAUCUCAUUGUGCACAACGUACCUGAAAGACCUUCUCAGUUUUGGUAUUUGAUCAUGGAGUACUAAAUACUUACCUGUAGAGAUUUGAAAAUAUAAACUGUUUCGAACUGAUGUUCUAAGUGACUCAUUAUUUGUUGGUGUUGCAGAGCUGUUUUAACACACCAAACCACAUUGGCAGCACGCUGUACACCACGUCUGGUUUAAUGUUUCUUACAUCCAGUCAUUUUCUUUGCUCCAAACUGCAUGUUUUUAUUAAUUGUAAAGAAUUGUUUUAUUAUUUCAAUAACAGUACUCUGUUAAUUGCUUAACAAAUUAACAAUUUUUAAAGUGAAGUGCAACUAUAAUGUUUCAGAAUCAGUGUUGUAAUAGUGUGGCUCAUUUGGGUUUUUAAUACAUAUUCUGAAGUCAGUAAUUUUCAGGUUUUAACUUAUGAGUUUGAACUAUCUCAUGUUCAUCAUCCUUCAUCUUGUUUCAUAUGUCAUGUGUCCUGCACAGCAGGUCAGAGGUUGCCCAAACUUGUAAUGUAGUUAUUUAUAAACAUUUUUACUGGGGUGUGUCAGUAUUGGAGAACAGAGUAUAUACUUUCUAUUAUUUUGUUUAAUGUUUUGCAUCAUAUGACUGCAUUUAGCUAGUGACUAGCUUAUGCAAGAUAAAUUGUGUGAAAUUAUUUACAUUGCAUAUUGUAGUCUGUGGAAUUGUUGGUUUUGCUUCUGUGGUUCUUGAAAAAGGAAAAGUUGUCUUCGUAUUGAUCCAUGGAAAGUGGCGCACAGGCCUGAUGGUAACACACAUUAUGUACUAUGGUUUAAAUGAAUAGAACUCUUGUGUGGUCUUGUGUGUCGAUUGUAUUUUCACAACUGUACUAUAUGUCAACAUGAGGGAGCGAAUAAGGUGUAAAUAAAAUUGUCUGUUCCAAAAUACACAACAAUUACGAUACAGCUUUAUAUAAGCUCACUGUUACUUUUGUCUGAAUGGAAAUUUUGUUUAUUAAUUUACAAAAUCUCUUAUGUCUACAGUAAAUUAAGUAGUUCUUUUGGAUUAUAACUACUUGGCUUCAUGUUGAGGACACCUUUGUUAAAACAAUUUCCAUCUUUAUUAGAUAAUGUGUUUGUUUUACUCAGUUUUUAUGUUUUUUACUUGUAUAUGAAACCUAAUAGCACAAUACAGUAUUUAUUUAAUGAUAAA